AUGCCCAAUAAUUGUAAGUUUAUUGUUUAUAAUGGUAAUCCAAUGGAUUUAAUGGUAAACCAAUGUAAAAUGGAUGACAAUAAAACAGAUUUUUGUUAUCAAAAAGAAGAUGCAAGUGAUAAUGAAGAAGUCAAUGCAAGUGUUAAUGAAGAAAAUGAAGAAUGUGUACACAGUGAUUCAGAUGACGAAAUUCUUGAAUGUGUACAAAAAUUAAAUAGUCUUCUUGAAGAAUUAAAUAAUCUUCUUGAAGAUUUAGUGAAAGGAAGUGAUGAAGAUAAUGAUGAAGAAAAUGAAGAAUGUGUACAAAGUGAUCAAUGUAAAAUUGAAUUAGACAAGAUUAAACAAGAUAUAAAAAUAAAAGAAGAAUUAAGAAAUUUAGAUAUUAAAGUUAGUCUUCUUGAAGAACCAAAUGGUUUACCUGACGGUCAAAAGAUCUUUGUAAUUCAAGAUAUAGUAAAACAAAUGAAUAUUAAUUCGAAUGAUUAUCAAAAAGAUAAAGAGUUGGCUCAUCAAUGUGAAAAGUUGGACGAUUAUUUAAAAGGAAUACGUAAUGAAUAUUAUAUGGAUGAUAUACAAGAAUUCAAAUCUACUGUUUGUAAUAAUUUGAAUAGCGAUAAACAUAAACAUACAUACGAUAAAAGUACUAUCAAUCUAUAUUUGAAAGUAUGUACAAAGUUGAUUAUCAAGUGUAAUAAAUCUAUUGAUCGAUUACAAGAGCAAAUAAAAAAAGAAAAAGAAUAUCAAGAGGAAAGAAAUGAUGCGUUUAUUGAAUUUAUAAAAGAUAAAGACGAUUGGCCUUGUUGUGCUAAAAAACAAAAAUCAAAAAAACAAAAGUUAGAAGAAGAUGAAGUUCAAUUAGAACCGGAAUUACUCAAAGAAAUUCAAACUUUACAGCAAUUGGCUGAUAUUGAUGAUGUUGAUGUAAUAAUGUUAUUGAAAUCAUCGGCAAAUUAUGAUGGUUUAAUAAAAAAUAUUAAAAUGAAUUUUUCUACUGCAAGAUUGUAUCUUGAAAUGAAAGAGUUACGAGAUCUUUGUUAUUCUGAAAAAGUUAGUUUUUCUUCUACAAGUUUGCAUCAUGAAAUAAAAGAGUUACAAGAUAUUUCUACUGUAAAAUUGGAUCCUGAAUUUAAAGAUAUUUCAUAUAAUAGAUACCGUGUAAUUUGUAAAUUAUAUAAAAUGCUGAGUAUAUUUGAUAAACAAGUUCGAUAUUUAAAUGACGAUUAUAUGAGUGAUAUACAAUAUUUAGGGGGUGAUUUAAAAUCUUUAGAAAUAUGGUGA